AUGCCUGUGGCCACUGCCGACGUCGAUGUCCCCAAGCGCUUGUCGUUCGUGAGCGCCGGCUCGCAGACGAAGGGCAUCGAGGACGGCUACAUGGCUGUCAAGACCCCCGAGAUCGAAGGCGGAGCCAUUCGCGAAGGAGGAAUGCAGAGACAACCUCGGCCUCCUCUUCCAUUUCAAGGUCUUUUACGGCAUCCUGUCCGACUGUCGACCCAUUUCGGCUAUCGUCGGCGUCCGUACAUGCUCAUCGGCUGGGGUAUCUGCUUCAUCAUGCUGCUGAUCAUGGCCAUCAUGCCCAUCGGCAAACCAUACUUCACCGUAUCAUCGGACCGCGAUAUCAAAGUUGCCGACUACACGCCGGAGAUCGAGGCCCGCAUCAACCACAGUGCCCUGGUCGAGCUGGCGCAGGUCGGCAACGAGGCUGCGGUCUACAGUCUAGUCACCACUGUCUCGAACGUUGCGCAGCCUUUUGCCACGUCAAUCACACUCGCAAUUGAUGGCCCCUUCGAUGUUUCCAACGAGCGCGUGCAAGCAGACACUCACUCCGUCCGUAGCGACAUCACGUACACCAUGUACUCCAUGACGAUCUUCUCGUGGGUCUUCCUGUUCCUGCUGCCUCCGCAGAAGGCGGAGACGCAGGAGCUGGUGCGCAAGGGUGGUCACAGCAAGAUCAUCGGCGGUGCUACGGUGUUUUAUCUGGUAUUCGCCAUCAUUUGGUCUAUUAUGACCAGCAUCAUGGCCAUGUCGACAGCACGUCGUGUCUGA